GUGACAGUACUUCCUGAUUGCAUUUCGGUCAGCAGACUGUAAUAACACUUACACAAAGGAUCUGUAAUAAUUGUUGUAACUAGUUUUUGUUAACAAACUGAGUCUUAAAUUGAAAAUGGCGACGUCCUUACCAAUAUGCGAUAUUUGUAUGACAGAUAGUACGAAAAAAUCUGCCUCUGUUUGGUGUUCAGAAUGUGAAGAAACCAUGUGCAUUAAUUGUGAAAAACCACAUAGCCGGAUGAAACUAACUAAGAACCAUAAAACCAUACCUAUAGAAGAUUACCAGGAACUCCUAGUUCUGUUGCUGACGUCAAACAGGAAUGUAAAGUUCACAAUAGGAAAUUAGAUUUUUACUGUGUAAUUCACAACGAGCCAGGUUGUGUGUCUUGCGUUUCUGAGAAACACGGCGCCUGUCAAACAUUGAAGCCAUUAACGGAAGUAGUGGACGGAGUGAAAUCAUCUGCUGCAUUUGAAGAUUUAGAAGAUAGAGCCAAGGAUAUAAGUGAACUUAUCGGCAAUUUGAUGAAGAAUAAACAAGAUAAUAAAGCAAAUUUUACGUUUCAGAAAAAUGGAAUUAGAUCCGAAGUGCAAAAAGUACGAAAGAUAAUAAAUACUCAUUUAGAUAAACUCCAAACAAAUGUUUUAAAUAAAUUGGACAACGAAGAGAAAAAUCAAAUGAACAUUAUAGAUAGUUUUAUUGAAAAGAUCUCAGAAAUGCAUAAAAAUGUCAAUCAAAUAGUAAACGAUUUGAAACAGAUCAAACAAUACGCAUCCGAUUUCCAAGCUUUCCUUGGUAUCCAUGAAUGGAAUAAAAAAAUUGAAGCAGAAGAAAAAGAUUUCAUGUCUUUCCAAACUGACCAGAUAAUGGACACUGUUGAUAUCCACAUAGCAUUUUCACCGAUACUAUUGAAGUUCGAGAAAGACGUCAAAGAAUUAGGAAAAUUAGAAGUAAAGUUUUCUUCCUCAAAGAAAAUUCGUUUAAAGAAGGAGAAACAAGGACAAAUUUUAGUUCCCGUUUCUCACACUGUAGAUAACAUCGAAUUGACAGAGAUUCGUUCUUUUCAGACACCUGAUGGAGAGUCCAGUCUAACACUUAUAACAGGAAUUGAUAUGUUUGAUGACGGGAGAAUCGUGCUGGCCGAUAACAACACUGUGAACAACAGACUUGUUAUCAUGAAUCCAGAUGGACAGUUUUUAAAAAACAUAAACCUUCACGAUAAGUGCUUUGGUGUAGCAGUGAUAGAUAAAGAUACAGUUGCAACAACGUUAACUAAUCAGCUGAAAAUUGAUAUCGUUGAUGUAAACUCGUCAAAUGUACAACGGUCCAUACCUACAUGUUAUACGUGCUUUGGUAUACACUAUACAGCUGAACAACUAGUCGUCAAUCUGAACAAAAAGACCAUUCAAUUCUUUGAUCUUUCUGGUAAUACUUUGUUAACGUUGUCAACAUCUAACAAUUCCAGUAAUUGUUCCUUGUUUAAUGAUAAACUGUAUUACACUACAAGUAAAAGUGAUAACGUCUACUCCACUGAAUUGAAUGGAGAAACUCGUUGGAAAUUUGACUGUCAGAAGUCAGAUUAUCCUUCUGGUAUAACCAAUGAUGCGUCUGGAAAUAUUUUCGUAGCAUGUAGGAAUAGCCAUCAAGUGAUGGUAUUAGGAGAAGAAGGGAAAACAUCUAGAAUUCUUUUAACAAACGAAAAUAGUCUACAGAAACCUAGAGCAAUACAUUACGACCGCAAAAAUAACUUCCUUUUUGUAUGUAAUAUAUCUGGACAGUGCUUCGUAUACAAAGUUACAUAAUUUGCAUUGUCAU